AUGGAUUAAACCAAUUCAAAUCUUAUUAUAAUAGCUCCAGAACACUCAUACUCUCUGAAAUUAAUUUAGUGUACACUCUUAUUUGAAAAUUUUAGAUUUAAUUAAGCAUUUUAAUCAAGAUGAAUUAAUAUUUGAUAAGAUUAAUGAAGAUUAUCAAAAAAUUAGUACAUAAAUGUAAUUAUACACUUUUAUUUAUUAUUAGUCUAAUUAAUACUAAAUAUUAUACAUGUGAUGUUGAUGUACAUACAAUUAAAUACAAUUAUUUUAAUUUAGAAAAUGCUUUACAAAAUUUAUAAAAUAUAAAAGUUGAUGGAAUUUUAUUCAUUGUUGAUGCUAAUAAUAUGAAUGGUUUAGAUUAUUUUAUUAAUUUAUGUGAUUAAAUUUUGAAUGAGAUUCAACCAGGUUUAUAGGCUAUAAUUUAUAACAGGAAAGAAGGAACAAAAAUUAAUUUUGAAUUAUUGGAAAAUGAAGAGAAAAAAUUAGAAAGCUUUGUUGAAUAAAUUUAUUUAGAUUUAGAUAAUCCUCCUAUUCAAUAAUAAAUUAAAUAAUUAUCUGAAUAAGAAGAUGAAACACUUGGAUUUCCUAGAAUCAUUGAAAUAAUGGAAUGUAAUACUUGGACAUAUAUGAGACCAAAAUCAUAAGAAAAGAAAGAAAAACAAAAUAAAACAAAAAUAAUUGAAAAACAAAAUGAAGGUUUUGAUUCUUUAGAAUUUGAAGAUGAUUAAUUUGCAUAAUUAAUGCAUGAUAUGACUAAAAUAAGGUAUUUGUAAUUAUUUUAUAAAGAACUUCUAAAAUGACAGAUGAAGAAAGAAGAGAAAAAGCAGCUAAUCUUAUGAAUUAAUUAAUGAAUAUGUGUUAAGAUGAAGAUGAUGAUGACUUUUGAUAUGUUUUUAUAAUGUUAAGAAAAUAGGAA